AUAACUUUUAAUAUACCAAAUACUACGUUCUACUACUACAUGCGUGCUAUUUAAGCUUUCUGAUUUUCAACAGAGAUGGUUCUUUAGUAGUAGAAAAAUCACUUCGCAAACAAAUUUAUGUUGGUUUAUAAAAAUAGUUUUGUCCACAAAACCAUCACAACGCCACAGGCGGACUGGUUGGAAAUCGCAGUAUAAUUUUGACAUAAUCAAACCUUCAGAUUUAAUCACUGGAAUAUACAUAAUAAUAUCAAUUUAUUGAGGAAACAUUAGAUAUGGAAGAUUUUAAACAGGCUAGCAAUCUAGAUUCUGGUCUUAUCGAUGAAAUCGUCUGUAAAGUGAAAUCAGAAGGAUUGUUCGACCAGUUCCGUCGUGAGUGCUUGGCAGAUGUUGACACUAAACCUGCAUAUCAGAAUCUUCAACAUCGUGUUGAAUCCUCCGUGAGUUUGUUUUUGGAUGAACAAAAGUGGGACUCGCAAACAAAUAAAAACCAAUUGCGUGAAAAACUAAGAAAAUUAAUUGCAGAGAAAAGUUUCUUUGAAGCGGGCAUCGGAAGAAUUGUAGACCAGGUUGUUAAUCCAAAACUUAAUACAAAUUUCGUCCCGAAAAUUGAAGAUGUGGCUUAUAAGCUGUUAGGCAUCGAAAAACCUUCAAUGAAUAUGAAUUUGAAAUUAGAAAUCGAAACAGACGCACUAUUGCCCAUUUACGAGCUGGAACAAGUUAGUCCAGAUUCAGACAAGUCCCUAUCAAUUCCCGUAAGAUACCAGACGCCCGAAGAAUGUGAUGGAAAAAAUGAAGAUUUAGAAUCACCUGCGUUUGAGCCGAUAGAACCGUCUUUCUUGGAAUCGAAUGACGACAUGGAUAUAUCUGAUGAUGAUGCUACUAAUGAUAAAAGUAAUAAUGAUGAUGAUGAUGAUGUUGACAAUGGUCAAAGUAAUGGUUUCACUAGCGCUAAUAUAGAUGAAGUGAAAUCAAAUCUCUCUUCGAUCAGUGGUUUAACCUCAAAUGAUUCAAAUAAUAGUUCAUACAGUAAUUUGAGGGAACGGAGUGAAAAUAAUGUAAUUGAUACAAAGGACGAUAAUGGUAAUCCGAGCAGAAAAAUAACUGAUGAAAACCGUAUGGCACCAGAAAUAACAAUAGACUCCGCUGAAAAAUUACCGUUGUCAGAAAACAUAAUUUCAAACACAAGUGACCUCAACACUAGUCAAGACUCUGUUUUAUCCCAAGUAUCUAGUACUAGUCGGUUGUCAAUUGUAACAUAUAAUACUCGAACUGGUGAUGGAGAGACUGAUUCAGUUCUUGAGACAUACCAUGAAAGUUCUCAGAACAUUUGCCCAUACGGAAUAAGUGAAGAAGCUCAGAUGCAGAAAUUCAACGAAAACUCUUCGUCAAGCAAUAGCUUAGUUAUAGACACAGACAAUUUGUCUAUUGAUACAUUCAAUUCAGAAAAAAAAGUAUUGAUCACGAGUUUCGAGGGAAAGUUCUACGAUGAUAAAAAGUGCAUAGACAAUGUGGGAAAUGAUGCAAAAAUGGAGGAUCUUGAAAUGGAACAAAAAAUGUACAGCCACAAACUUGACUCCAACGAGAGUGUUGAUUCAAAAUGUAAGGCCGAUUCACAUGCAGAUCAAUCCAGGCAGAAUGUACCUUUCCCUACCAGUUCACACAGAAAAAAGGAUUCAAAUAGAGAACGAUCUUCAAGGAAAGACGAUCACUCUACUCAUAAGGGGCCUACUUCACGACAACGUUCUCGUUCAAAAGAUUCCAAUGACGGAUGUGGUUCAUCUAGCCACAAUGAAAGCAAUAUCAAUGAACAGUCCACAACCAAUAAUCGAACAAAUAAUAUAUCUUCAAAAGAGUCUGAACAUGUAACCUCACAGUAUUCAUCUUCAGAAGAUACGUACAGGGAGCAGGUGAUUAUUCCAAACUCGCAGCCUGUUGUUAUUGAUCAAAUAUUGACUGGAAAUGAACUCGAUUUAACUUCUUUCAUUGGAGAAAACCGAGACGACCCUGUUUUGUCAUCUAUUAAGCAAACAUUUGAGCAGAAAAUUAUGAAGCCCAAAGUAGCUGCAAAUAUUGCUGAAGCAAAGCGGUUAACGAAAAUUCGAAAACAAAUUGAACGUUGCAAUCAGAAAAAACUUGAGAAAGCGACUGUAUUGGCAAAACAGUAUAUCCGAACUAACGCCUCAAAUAUGCUCGAUGAUACUCAAGGUAUUGAAGUGGAAUUUGUGUGUGUAGAAAAUAGGAUGGGCAGAAAUAUGUCUGGUCCAAUCAUUUCGAGUCCAAUUAGCAAGAAGAUAAUAGAUCCUAUAUCACCUCAUACAACUAAUAUGACAACAUUGAAACAAGUGGAUGAAAUAAACUCAUUGAAAAAAAAUAAAUAUGAUGAGGAUGAUGAUGAUGGAGAUGUAAAUUUUGUCGGAUUCGCAGCAAGUGAAGUAGAAACAGCAGGCAUUUCUGUCACACAUCUGGUCAAUGCAUGUUCGACAAUAAUGUCCAAGACAUCCAAGUCCAUUGAUAAUGAUACGGUAGACGCACGACCAUCAAAAAAAUUGCGAGAAUGCAGCAUUAAGCAAGAAGGCUCACCACAUAUAGAUGAUCAAGUAUCCAGUAAAAAAAGGUAUUCCAAUGACGAUUUAUUCAAACCGAGACCAUUACUGGGUGGCAUUUCACGUCGUCGUCGUGGAUUUGACAACUAACUUUCAUUAUAAAGAUAUAUGAAUCUAUAGAUUUAAAAAAAAAACAAUUAAUUUUUUCAAGCAACUGAUGUGAUGGCCUAUUCCGAUGUAUUUGUCAUGUCAAAUACAUGCGCAAAAUAAAACAUAUAAACUCACACACAUAUAAA